UAAGGUUACUUUGCUUUUUCCACAACUUCUUCAUGAAAAUGAGAUUCCAAAUGGUUGAAGAAGAAGGAACUAAAGAUCAAAAUCCCUGAUUUUUCGAAUGGAAAAAUCAAUAAAUUCAUCAACUUUUUGGUUGUGGGGACUGCACCGACGCCUUGAUUUUGCAUUUCUUCAAACUCCAUCCCUUUUCUUCUUCAAUUUGUUGAUUCACGAAAUAUGUUUAUAUAAAGGAAACAAUCCAUUGUUUCAGCUCAAGAAUCACAACCCCGGAUUUUCCUAGUUUGAGUUUAAACACCCAAUUUCCCUUCCAUUUACUUCAUUCCCCAAUUAGGGUUCCAAGUUUUGAUUCUUUUCAAUCAUCACUUUCUCCAGCUUCAUUGAUACUUGAUUCAGGAAUGUGAGAUUCGAUUCAUCUUUGAAGAAAUUUAUGAUAAAUCGUCGACGCUCCUUCAAUCAAAUACUGUACUAUGUUCGAUUUCCUUUAAUGGCGGCUCAGUCAUUGACGCGAAAUCUUCGAUCGUCUCAUUUUCAUAUGCAAUCGCAUCGGCCUUCUCAACCAUUGCUAUUUGAACGGUGUUGUGGAUUACCCAUUACUGGAGAGCUCGUUCUUCGUAGUUUUCCAGGAAAUAGAUGCACUCGAUUUGGUCUCAAAGCUUGUGUUCAAUCCCCUAAAGAUAAUUAUAGUAACGGCUCGUUGGGGAUCAAUGCUAAGGGCCCAACAUUUGUUCGUCGUUCACAGCUGCUUAACAAUGUCGAUAUUGAUUUAGUUGAUGGAAUUGAUCGCAGAUAUUCUACUACUGUUCAUGAGGAGCCCCAAUGGGGAAAUCCUUUAACGUUCCAUGACUUCUCUUCCAGGGACAAACUUGUUGUUGCUGUUGACAUCGAUGAGGUUUUGGGAAACUUUGUCUCGGCUCUUAACAAAUUUGUUGCUGAUCGUUAUUCUUCAAAUCAUUCAGUUUCUGAGUAUCAUGUCUAUGAAUUCUUCAGGAUAUGGAACUGCUCUCGUGAUGAAGCUAAUAUUCGAGUUCACGAGUUCUUCAAGACACCAUAUUUCAAGACUGGAAUCUGGCCUAUACCCGGAGCGCAGAGCACACUCCUCAAGUUAUCGAGAUUCUGUCACCUUUCAGUCGUAACGUCUCGACAAAAUGCAAUCAAAGAACACACACUUGAGUGGAUCGAGAAGCACUAUCCAGGGCUGUUUCAAGAGAUUCACUUUGGAAACCACUUUGCUCUUGAUGGAGAAUCCAAAUCAAAGGCAGAAAUAUGCAAGUCCUUGGGAGCAAGAGUGCUAAUUGAUGAUAACCCAAGAUAUGCAAUCGAAUGCGCUGAAGCAGGGAUUCGAGUUUUACUUUUCGACUAUGAGAAUUCAUAUCCAUGGUGCAAGACUGAAACUGAGGAUCUGCCUCCCUUAGUAACUAAAGUUCACAAUUGGGAAGAAGUGGAGAAGCAAUUAGCUUCUUGUGUUCAUUCUUCUUAAAGCAAUUAGUUUUUAGCAAAAUAGAAAUGCUGUUUUAUUUACUAAUAUGAAAUGUGGGAUUUUGUGGGUUGGAGGUAGUAGGAACUAGGAAUACUGAUGAUGCAAUUGUUUAGGGUUUAGUAUUAAGCCCAACUUUCAUUAUCCCAUUAUUUAAUUUCCUCACUUUUAUUACAAAGUGAGUAAUAUCUCUCAUUUUGUCUACUCAAUCAGCAGUUUAUUCAAGACUAGAAUUCAAAUUGAAA